AUGGUAGCUGUUUCCCACGGCUCUGAGGAAGUGCACUCAGGCACCUCCUAUAAACUUCCGUUGCUGGCCUUGCCUCUUUCUUUCUGUGCCGAUAUCGCUCUCGCCAACAUGGUGAACGUUCCUAAGACCCGCCGGACGUUCUGCAAGAAAUGUGGCAAGCACCAGCCCCACAAAGUGACCCAGUACAAGAAGGGCAAGGAUUCUUUGUAUGCCCAGGGAAAGCGGCGCUAUGACAGGAAACAGAGCGGCUAUGGUGGGCAGACUAAGCCUAUUUUCCGCAAAAAGGCUAAAACGACAAAGAAGAUUGUGCUGAGACUUGAGUGUGUUGAGCCCAACUGCAGAUCGAAGAGGAUGCUGGCUAUUAAGAGAUGCAAGCACUUUGAACUGGGAGGCGAUAAGAAGAGAAAGGGCCAGGUGAUCCAGUUCUAAGCUGAUCUUGUUAUGAAGACAAAAUCAUGAGCUUGUACUCACCUCUUACGAUUGCAGUUGGUUUUGGGGGAGGGAAUAAACAAAUUCUCUGAGUUUCUA